UUUAUUACCAUCUUAAAGUACCUCACCAUGCGCGACGAAACGACUUCCACGCCAAUCAAUGCUGCCAUUGUCAGUGACCACGAGCCAGUGAAUAGCAUCGCGUCCGCCCAAAGAUGCGUCGAGUCUGGCUGUGACAGCUGGGCAAUUGCCGGCUCGCGUUUUUGCUCUACUCGUAAGACUUCUCAGGACCUGUGGCUCUACUAUGGCAUGCUUAUCAGAUCACAGACCAAAGAUGAUCUUGAGAUACUGUGUGCUACCCGGAUCUCCAUGGGGUUGAUCAAUCAAAUCUGA